UUUUGUUACGGAAUAUGUAAGACAUUGAUGAAUUACCAACAUUCUGUCUUAAUCUAAACUGUGAAGCUAUUGUAGACACAAGCACAAAAAUGCCACAAGUCUGUACAAACAAUUCGCACAAAAACGGCGCUAAAAAGACUGACAUGAACAACGACGAAUCAUACACCUAUGAAAAUCUUUCGGAAACGGCCGAAUUUUUGCUAACUCGUGUCCCUUUCAAACCCUCCAUUGGUAUAAUAUGUGGGUCCGGAAUGGGUGCGUAUUGGAACGAAGGGUGUUUGGCAGAUGCUUUGGAAAACAAGAAAGAGUUUCCUUACGAAAUAAUCCCACAUUUUCCCGUCAGUACGGUCCCUGGGCACAUGGGUAAACUCGUUUUUGGGUACCUUUCGGGAAUACCUGUGGUAUGUAUGCAGGGCAGGUUCCACUACUACGAGGGCUACCCAUUAUGGAAGUGUGCCAUGCCUGUUCGAGUGAUGAAACUGAUAGGGGUUUCCCAUUUAAUUGCCUCAAAUGCAGCAGGGGGGCUCAAUGACAAGUUCAAAAUUGGGGACAUUAUGCUGGUCAAGGACCACAUCAACAUGUUGGGAUUUGCGGGCAAUAACCCCCUGAAGGGCCCCAAUGAUGAAAGGUUUGGGCCCCGCUUCCCGCCCAUGAACAAAGCUUACAACCGCGAACUGAUCGACCAAGGUAAGAAGGUGGCCCGAGAGCUGGGCAUGGGGGGCAUGGUGCACGAGGGCACCUACACCUGUCUCGGGGGCCCCAAUUUCGAAACGGUGGCCGAAUUGCGGAUGCUGAAGAUGUUGGGGGCUGACGCCGUCGGGAUGUCGACAGUGCAUGAAGUAAUAACAGCAAGGCAUUGCGAUAUGACCGUGUUGGCGUUCAGUCUGAUAACGAAUAUAUGUAUCACUGAUUACGAAUGCCACGAUAAACCCAACCACGAAGAGGUCAUGGAUGUUGGAAAAAUGAGACAAGAUACGCUCAAGUUGUUUGUUAAGAAGCUGGUCGAGUAUAUUGCUCAACACAAUCCUCAAUAAAAAUAUUGUAUGCA